CUUUGAGUUGAGUAGUGAGCAAGUUAAGGAGGAGUGGACUGUUUUGGGGAGUCUGUGCUCUCUCGUCCGAGUGCAGAAGAAAGAUGAGGGAAAUGAGCAAGAUGGCAGAGCUCAAGUUUGAAGCUCCCCUUGCCCAGUUCGAGAGCGAAGACCUGGAGGCCGACUUCGGCGAGUUCUCGUCCAACACGGCCAUGAGCAUCUCGGACAUUUCGUGCAAGGACAUGACCAGCUCGGUGUCCAGCGAGGACUCGCGCAACUCGAACCACCAGGUGAGCGGCCACUCGUUCUGCAGCUCGGCCAGCAACUCGCCCGUCCACCAGCUGUCCGAGCUGGACAACACGGACGCCAUUCGCCAGCAGCAGCAGCAGCAGUUGUUGUCCGACGACGACCUGGGCGCCGACGCCACCAACUCGAACACCGCGGGCGCCGCCGUCGCCGCCUCCACGUCCGACGACCUGCUCAACGAGACCUUCUCAGGGUCGCUCGAGGACUUGGUCAACACCUUCGACGACAAGAUCACCAAAUGCUUCGGCAACUUCGACGAGAGCGUCGAGAAACUGGCCCCUGUGCAGGUCAGGUCGCAGGAGGAGAUCAUGAACGAGUGCCAGAUGUGGUGGACGAUCACAGGCAACUUUGGCAACAUUCUGCCCAUCGACUGGUCCAAAACGUACGCGUGCAAAAUGCACAUCCCUGCGCUGCACCUCGACGAACACAAGCAGGACAAGUCGUCGCCGGAGGACGAAAUCCUGACCGACGAGGAGGACGCGGUGGCCAGCGACCUUGACAUGCACAAGCUCAUCCUAAACGGUCUGCAGGGUGGCGGCUGCGACGACGCAGAACCAGUCAAAACAGCUGAAGAAGUACUCCAGGAAAUCGACGAUAUUAUUCAGGAGACAAAUGGCCCGGACGAGUACACAGAAGAGGAGGUGCGAAACAAAAGAAGAGAAGUCCUUCACACACCCCUUUACGAAGAGAAGCUGAAGGCGCUGAACCUAACCCAGCUGAACGAGCUGUACAUGGAGAUGGAGGAGCUGAUUCGCGACUACUCGGAGACGCUGAUCGCCGAACUGGCCCUGCGGGACGAACUGGAAUACGAGAAGGAGCUGAAAAACACAUUCAUCUCGCUGCUGCUGGCCGUGCAGAACAGGAGGCGACAGCACAACGUCGAAAAGAAGCGCAACACCCGAAACAAUUCCGCCGCCACCUCGUCUGCCUCGUCAAAGAACAAUAACGGAAUCGAGUCGAAGUAUUUGACCACUGUCAUCCCCUACCACCUCAGCAACGGACCACCAAACAACCAAGCACUCCAGGUGCUUAUAAAAAUCCUGAAAGCCAUAAACGAGGACAGCCCUGCAGUACCAGCUUUGUUGACAGACUAUAUCCUCAAAGUGUUGUGUCCCACGUAAGGUGCGUGUGUCUGAGCUUCGCCCACGUCUAUAGUUGUUGAUCUUGUGACGACGCAGAGCAGUUUGCCUCUCUCUAUCUUCGAAUCUCCUACUCCCCGAACGCUUCUCGCACGUUUCACAAUUUUUAUCAAGAAUGUCGCCAUGUAUUCUUACCAGCUGGUCAGCGAAAUGUGCACUCUCACCUAUAUACCUACCUAAAGUCUACCUAAAAUUACGUAGGUGUUGUCGUUUGAACAAAAAAUACAAGCUGCUUGCUAAAUAUAAGAAUUCUGAAGGGAUAAUCGAGGUAGCUUUAAAUGCAAACAGAUUUUUGAUGAUCGCAUGAGCAAGGAGGACUAACGAUUAUCAUACUUCUAGAGUGCUUUUAGCCUUAAGAUAAUUAAAACCGAGAAAAACGUAAUGUGAGGUUAAUUGGCCUGAAGCGAUUUGUGCUGAAAAAUUCUUAAGCUUCGAUGCAAAAGUAAUAAGUGGCUAACAUACGACGAGCAUUUCAUUCCUCGAUUCCAGUUUUGUGUCCAGCAGGUCGCAAAAUAUAAAUAUUGCAUUUAAAAAUAUUUUUGAAGUAUUUGCCUCUUUUGUUGAUUCGAGACAAAGAAGAAGAAGAAGAAGAAAAAUCUGACUGACUGACGUUUUUUAAAGAAAUAAUUUUUUUGUUAGUCAAAAUUUUGAGACCUCUUAGAUAUGAGAUUCAGGACCAAGAAAUGGAAAUGCUCAACAAUUAUAAUCCUCAACUAGGUGUUACCAGCAACUCGCACUUUGGAACAAAUGGAUAAAAAAAAAUCAAUACUCCUUUCUAAACACACACACACACAAGUAAUACCAAAACGAUUGAUUUAAUUGAAUUGUACAUAAUGCAAGCCGAGGGCAGAUUAAUUUUGAUAUUAUUGUAUGUGUACGAGAACGAUCUCAACAAGUGAACUGUUUUUUGUGGCAAGAGAACAAAAAUGUGUCCUACUAUCAGUGUAAUACUACUCGCUAGGAUUAAUAUAAUUAUUAUUUGACUGGA